CUCUCUCUUUCACACACACUCUCUCUCACACUUCCUCUCUGUCAGUAAGUGAGCUCCAGAAGCAGCAGCCUCUCCUCAGAGAUGGAGAGCUGGUAGAAGUGCAGCAGCAGCGGCCGCUUUCCCUCCUCUUCUCCGGUGGAUGUUGGAUGUACGAUGAGGUCUCCGCGGCUCUGGGCAGCUCUGUGCCUCCUCCUCACCGCCUCCUGCCGGCUCUGCGCGGCCGCCCGACACGGUUGUUUGUUUGAAAAGAAGCUCUGCCCGAGAGAUCAGCUGUGCAACGAUGACGGUUUGUUCGGACAGUGCCAGGCCCCUCGUCAGACCCCGGUCCAGUACCAAGUGUCUGUGCCUGUCCUGCACAAGCUGCAAGAAGUCCUCAAAGACCUGAUGGUUCAAGGUCUGACCUGGAGGGAUGACAUCACUCAAGCCAUCAUUGGCCGAGAGCUGAGUCACGUUCCCACCAUCAGCUCCUCCAAACUUCAUGAGAAGUCGCCCAAACAGUUUUCCAGGCAGUCAGGUCUGAGUCAGAGGAGGGUUCAGGGGCCCGAGGAUCCAGCUGACCCUGAGAUGAUGCAGCAGUAUGUGGACUACAUGAUCCUUGAUCCGUCCCGAUCCUCCUCUGUGCACAUGCAGACCCCCCUGCUGGACCCUUACACCUAUCACCAGCAGCAGUACGGCUACCAGGAUGAGGAGGAGCGCUCCCUCAACACUCUGGAUGAUAAUCCAGCCUUCCCGUUCCUGACCUCCUCCUCCCGCUCCAGAUCCCGAGGAGACCCUUUGGACAGAGAUCGGCAGAUCCUCCAGGACCUGGUGUCCUUUUACCUCUCCUCCCCUUCCUCCCCUUCCUCCUCUUCUUCCUCUUCCUCUUCCUCCUCCCCCUCCUCCUCCUCCUCCUCCUCCCCUGUGCAGUCCCUCUCUCGCCAAAAAGGGGCUUUGGCAGCAGCAGCGUCAGCAGGAUUUCCCUCUUCUUUGUCCUCAUCUUCCUCGUCCUCUUCCUCGUCCUCCUUCUUCCCUGAGCUGGACUUCCCUCUGGACUACGGCGAGGACUACGUUUCCCAGGUGGCUCAGCUCAGCAAGCAGCAGCAGCAAGAGCAGGCGGAGAAGAAGGCUCAGGACGAGUAUGACGCCCUGUCAGGACUGGAUGAGCGUUCCCUGCAGAGGCUGUCUCUGCUGCUCGAUCACUACGGCCUUGACAUGAAGGAUUUGUCCUCCGAGCAGAGAGACAAGCUGCCGGCCGCUCUGAAGCAGCUGCAGCUCGACAGCACAUUCGGAUACAAAGAAACCAAAGAUAAAUAUGGAAACAGUGCUGACAAAGGAAAGAAGAUGACAGAGGGUUCCAUGUCAUAUAAGAAGCCGGCCCCCGAGGCUCCGCCCCCCGCCGUCAAUCCCCCAAAACCAGAGGAAGCUCAGAAAGAUUCUCCUCCACCUCCUGCUGAAGCGGUCAAACAGGACAAACCAGCAACCAAAGCAGACGAGUACGGCUACAUCGUCACCAAUCAGAGCCCCCUCAGUCUGAACGACGGGGUGCGAUUGUUGGAGAGUCUGUCUGAGAGGAGCGGCCUCUCCACCGCCUCCAUCAUCAACGUCAGUGUCGUCGGACCUUCAAUCACCUUCAGAAUCAGACCGAACUCCAAGAACCUGACGGCUGGAGAAGUGGCGGAGAAAGCAGUUGCAGAGAAGAACUUUCUGGAGUCUGAGACAGGCCUGAAGGUGCUGCAGAGCGGAGUCAGAGAGAACAAUGAUGGGAAAGCGUUGCCCCUGGCGACCAGAGUCCAGCCUGGCUCCCGCUGGUUGUUCACCACGCUGGUGGCCAUGGCGUGCAUCGGCAGCAUCCUGGUGGCGGGCAUGACCAUCGUUUGCCUGCGUCACCACGCCCACAGGCUGGCUGCAAAGAAGCUGGGACUGGGACCAGAGGGGGGCAGCUUCAGCCACCAGGAGUACCAGGACCUGUGUCGUCAGCACAUGGCCUCCAAAGGCGCCUUCGGUCGCCUGGAAGCCGCUGCCCUGGGCGCCGUGGGAGGAGCGAGCGGAGGAGGUGCUGCUGCUGUCAGUGGAGGAGGAGGAGGAGGAGGAGGAGCAGGAGGAGGAGGAGGAGGAGCAGACUCGAGGGUGAGCAGCGUGUCAUCCCAGUUCAGCGACGGAGCCCAGCCCAGCCCGAGCUCCCACAGCAGCACGCCGUCGUGGUGCGAGGAGCCGGCGCAGGCCAACAUGGACAUCUCGACGGGCCACAUGAUACUGGCCUACAUGGAGGACCACCUGAGGAACAAGGACCGUCUGAUGAAGGAGUGGGAGGCUCUGUGCUCCUACCAAGCCGAGCCCAGCGCCGCUUCUGUGGCCCUGAGCGACCCCAACGCCAAGAAGAACCGCUGCCCCGACUCUGUGCCCUAUGACCACUCCAGGGUGAAGCUGAAGGCGGAGAUUAACCCUUCACGCUCUGACUACAUCAAUGCCAGCACCAUAAUUGAGCAUGACCCCCGGAUGCCGGCCUACAUCGCCACCCAGGGCCCCCUGUCACACACCAUCUCUGACUUCUGGCAGAUGGUUUGGGAGAACGGCUGCACGGUGAUCGUGAUGAUGUCGGCUCUGGUGGAGGACGGAGAGAAACAGUGCGACCGCUACUGGCCUGAUGAGGGCUCGUCUCUCUACCACAUCUACGAGGUGAACUUGGUGUCUGAACACAUCUGGUGUAACGACUUCCUGGUGCGGAGCUUCUACCUAAAGAACGUGCAGACCCAGGAGACCCGCACACUCACUCAGUUCCACUUCCUCAGCUGGCCUGCUCAGGGCAUUCCCACCUCCACACGCCCCCUGCUGGACUUCCGCAGGAAGGUGAACAAGUGCUACAGAGGACGAUCCUGCCCCAUCAUCGUGCACUGCAGUGAUGGUACAGGCCGGACUGGGACUUACAUCCUGAUCGACAUGGUUCUUAAUCGCAUGGCUAAAGGUGUGAAAGAGAUCGACAUCGCUGCUACUCUGGAGCACGUUCGAGACCAGCGGCCCGGGAUGGUUCGCACGAAGGACCAGUUUGAAUUCGCUCUGACGGCCGUGGCUGAGGAGGUCAACGCCAUCCUCAAAGCUCUGCCCCAGUGAAACCAGUACGACCGUGACCGGCCUCCUGUCUGCACCCUUGACUAUCCCAUUAAGGCUCUUGUCUUGUCUCUUCUUUUCUCUUGAUGGUGAUGAUGAUGAUGAAGAUAAUUAUGAUGAGGAACGAUGUUGUACUUCACAAUCUGCCCAUCAAAAAUUAAAAACAGGAUGAUUUCAGGUCAGGAAGGACUCACACAUUUAUCAAUCAGGUCCCGUAUUCACAAACAUUCAGAGAAUCCUCACAGAGAGCUCCUAACUCAGCUUAGCCUAGGAGUGAUUCAGGAACAAUCUCUUAGUUACUCUGAGCGAGAAUUUGUGAUUUGUUGAUCCAAAAAAAUGGAAUCUAAAGUCAGACAUUGUGUAAUUAAGAACAAUAUGAAAUUAAGAUCUGUGAUCAUUUGUAAGACGUACUAGUAUAAAGCCGAUAAAAUGUUGAAAUCACAUGCCCACAUGUGCAGCAGCCUCUUCACCUGAUGAUCGUUAUAUCAUCAGGUGAAGAGCCUUAAUUAGUGGUGAUUGGAUGCACCUGUGGAGGUAACCACAGGUAGACAUGUGGAUUAAAAUGUCUGCACCAAUCAUUUUUUUCUGUACCGCCCAACUUUGAGUCAAAAAGAUUCUUCAUGUAGAGUUUGAAGAAUGUUUCUUCAGUUUCUCCUCACCUUGAGAAUAAGCUGAUAAAAGUCCUCCUCACAGUUUGACACCUCAGGAGCUCUCUUAAGGGCUAAAAACCUUUGUGAAUAACGUUCAUCUUUACACAGAUCUAGUCUCAACUUUAAGGGGAAAUUCUUAGAAAACGUCCCGAUUCUAAGACUCUUCUUAGAAUUUUGUCACUUGGAGCAACUCUUUGUAUUUAGGAGGCUUUGUGAAUACGGCACCUGAUGUUUGAAUGUGUUUGUGCUACAGUUAUGAUGCGUUCAGGGACAUUCAGAUGGAAAUAGUGUUAUGUAUUCAAAGCUAAUUUGCAUGAAGGUUAAACUAGGAAAUAAACGACCUUUAGACUUAACAGUUUUCUCUUUGGAGAUGAUUUUGGUUUAUGUUCUUUGCAGUCAUAUUGUUUUUGUUUAGCACGUCGAUGGUGCCUUUUUUCAUAACCAACUGCUUAGAGUCCCGUUUAAACCUGUAACAUACAAAUCUAGUAUCAAUCAUGCAAAAGACCGUCACUGCAAAUAUAUUUUUACACUAUUAAUAUUCACAAAUACAACAGAAACGUGUACUUCAUUAACAAAAUACGUCAAGUUAAUUCAUUUUAUUCAGAAUUUUUCUUAAUUUGCUUAAAGAGAUAACAUACAUGUAGCUCUUUCAUAGCUUUUUCAGUUGGUUCAGCUUUUUAAAUUAAUGACCUGCCUCAUAAAUCAGAAACUUAUUGUUACUUUCCCACCACUUUUGCAUUUUCUAUCCCGUCUGACCAUCCUUGAAUGCAUCGUUGACUAUUCAAACCUAAGAUUUUACUUAAACUUAAAAAUGAUUCUCUAAUUUUACUCUUAUUGAAACAGAAUCCUAACAUUUCCUCUAAUAUGUGGUCGUAGUUUGUUUAAAUUGUGCUGCUGUUGGGACAACGUGUGGGUUUUUUUUGUCUCCUUGAGGACACAAAAUUAUUUUAAAAACUACUCUAGAAAGCCCUAAAUAUUGGAUUUACAAACAUGAAAGUCCCUGGUAGAGUGAUGAGAUGUUGUGGUUGUUUUCACUUCCUGCUCAUCUUGUUACUUCCUGUCCUCACACGACCAACACCUGAAAAUACAAACAUACGACAUGCGUCUCUUUGUGUGCCAUUCAGAUCAUUUGACGUCCCUGGAUGAAUAUAUAUUGUUGUAAACCUCAUGCAAGUCAGAAAAUGAAUAAAAAAAAUCACUAAAAAAAUCAAGAAAUGCUAUUCUAUGAAAAGAAGAAAAGCUAUUUUGUAUAUGUGAGACCUUAAAUAAAUCUUUUCGUGUUUAAGUGCUGCAA